UCUACAGAGACUCCCUCUGCUUCCGCAGCUUUCUCUCUAUUUCACGUCCCUCAUUUCCUCAUUAUUUCAUCACUCAAAACAGCUCAAUUCCUUCCCCAAAUCGAAGUUCUUGUCGGUCGGAAGCUGAAACCAUGACGGUUGAGCCAAGAGUUGAUGACCCAAAUGACCAAUUUCCGGUUGGAAUGCGUGUUCUCGCCGUCGACGACGACCCCACUUGUCUUUUGAUCUUGGAGACUCUGCUUCGCCGGUGCCACUAUCAUGUCACUACGACCAAUCAGGCUAUUAUGGCACUCAAGUUAUUGAGAGAAAACAAGAACAAGUUUGAUGUGGUUACCAGUGAUGUCCACAUGCCUGACAUGGAUGGAUUUAAGCUGCUUGAGCUUGUGGGGCUGGAGAUGGACCUUCCUGUUAUUAUGCUGUCUGCAAAUGGAGAUCCCAAGCUUGUGAUGAAAGGGAUUACUCAUGGAGCAUGUGAUUACUUGCUGAAACCUGUUCGCAUUGAGGAGCUAAAGAACAUUUGGCAGCAUGUUAUCAGGAGAAAGAAAUUUGAUCCAAAGGAUCAGAUGAAUUCUAUCAAUCAGGCCAAGCUUGAUUCUGAGAAUGGUGAAGUAGCUGAUCCAAGUGGGAAGUUUAAGAAGAAAAGGAAAGAUCAAAACUAUGAUGAGGAUGAUGACCAGGAUUGUAACGGGCAAGAGGACGAUGACUCAUCGACCCAGAAGAAGCCUCGUGUUGUUCGGUCUGUUGAGCUGCAUAGGAAGUUCGUAAAUGCUGUUAACCAGUUGGGCAUAGAUAAGGCAGUGCCCAAAAAGAUUUUGGACUUGAUGAACGUUGAAAAGCUCACAAGAGAAAACGUUGCUAGUCAUCUUCAGAAAUAUAGGCUUUAUCUCAGGAGAAUCAGCUGCGUAGCAAACCAACAAGCUAACAUGGUGGCUGCAUUGAGCAGCGCCGACCCUUCGUAUACGAGAAUUGGUUCUCUUAACGGUAUCGGGAAUUUCCGUUCCUUCACUGGACCUCCACCGUUUCCCAACACUGCUCAUAGAUCUAUCCCGACCACCGGGAUGCUCGGUCGAUUGAAUACUCCUGCUUGUAUGGGCAUGAAUGGCCUUUCUUCCCCAGGAACCGUUCCACUGGAGUCUACAUUUCAGCCCAGACCCCGCAGUGCGAAUAUGUUCCAGGGAAUGCCAGAGUCAUCAGGACUUGAUCAAGUACAACACGUUAAGCACGGCACCGUGGACAAUCUCUCUCGUGCUUUUGAUCAGAGAACAGUGUGAGUAA